UGGAAUACUGACAAAUAUACUUCUCAUAUUAGUCAGGAAAUUUAAAUACGAAAAUGUGGUUGAUCAUCUUCUGAUCGUAAUCAGUUAUCUACUGAUCUCUUUUGGCUUCGCGGGUGCGUUUCUGUAUAUUCAGGUGUUUUGCUCUCUCAUAUCUCUCCUUGUCACAGUAGUGGUCAGUGCGAUUGUGACAUUUUUGGGUUUGCUGUUCAGAACUGUCAAGAUGGAGUAUACUGUGAUUAUCUUCAGUAUUGGAUGUGUUUUCGCCGGAAUUGGAAUUCUCAUGUCCAUUUUUCAACACUUUUUUCCUGAUAAAGAAAUGGCUUUCAAAAUAGUCACUUCCAUUUCC